AUGUAUCAGCCGUUGCCUGAUUCGAGCAACGCCAACGAUGGCAGCUGGCGCAUCAGGGUAGUCCAGCAACCAACCAAUGCCAAAGCCGCACAGGGUGCCAAGGAGAAGUCUCGAUCGCCCAUUGACCCCCCGCCCAUUGUCAAGCUGGACACAUUCCCUCACCUCUCUCUGCACGACCCUUACAUCAUGGUGGUCGCAUCCUCAGUUCCCACGGGCAAGCACGAGGGCGAGUCAAGCCAGCAACACGCCAAAAACAUGACAGGCUCUAUGGUAUCAUCUCUACAUCGUCUGAAGGACCUGCAAAAUCAAGAGUCGGGCUUCUUCAUAUUUCCCGACCUUCUCAUCAAGAUCCCUGGCGAUUUCAAGCUUCACUUUGCCUUGAUGAAGAUGAAGACAAACCCCAGUGAUCCUGGCGACUUGGGUGAGUGGGAGACGGUGGCUGAAACGGACUCAGACCCCUUUAAGGUGUACACUAGCAAAGAUUACCCUGGCAUGGCCGAAUCGACAGUCAUGACACGCUCGUUCAGUGAUCAGGGUGUCAAGGUCCGCCUCCGCAAGGACUCGCGAAAGUUAACGACGGCCAAGCGAAACCACCAGGUGGCACAGAACGCGCGCAAUACC